CGUGCAUACCAAUUAAUGGUGGCAUUUAUAUUUGGGUAUAUAAGUUGGAAUUUGUGGGUGAUUAGGUAUCAAUUUUAAAUUGUCAAUCAAAACAAACCAACCAACCCCAAAACCUCAAAAAAAAUGUUCAAAUUCAUCGCUGUCUGCUUCUUCGCUGUCUUGGCUGUGGCUGCCGCUAAGCCCGGUGUAGUUGCUCCCUUGGCUUAUACCGCUCCAGUGGCCUACUCUGCUGCUCCAUUGGCUUAUUCCGCUCCUUUGGCCUACACCGCCCCAGCUGCCGCUGUUGUCGGUAGUGCUGCCUAUGUUGCCCCCUAUGCCUCCAGCUACAACGCCCAUACCGUUGCCCACUCCGCUGCCUUCCCUGCCGCUUAUGCUGUAGCUCCCGCCGCUGUUGCCGCUCCAGUAGCCACCCCCUUCGCCGCUCCCCUUUUGUUGAAGAAGUAAAUCAGAGAUAUUGGAUUUGAAUAAAGUGAUAAC